GCCAGUUGGUGGCUCAACGCCGCGCGGAGCGAGGUCAACUCUUCGUCCGGGUCUUCUUGGACGCUCCCGAGGUGGUGCACGCUGCCGAGAAGCAAGCACACCAGCACGGACAGGACCGCCACGGACAGCACGGUAGCCGCGCGUAACGACUUGCCCACGGUGGCGGGCAUGUUCCACGACCGGUACGAGCGGGAGCACUUCUGAUGACUACUGACUCGGGUGUUAAGGGUGUUCACGUAGCUCCUUUCACCUCCUCCUCCGCGUGGAAACUCCCACUGGAGGUGUGUCCUGUCCUCGCGUAACUUUACACCCGGCCGGCUACCCAGCAGGAGCUCUCGCCAGCAAUCAAUCACUGUCAUCCAGAGACGAGCAGGACAUGGACGCGCGCUCGAACACAGGGGACAGCACGGAUGCGAUAGUGAUGGAUGAUUCUCAAGAAGAAAGGGACACCCAGGAGGCUUAUCAUAGUGGGAUCCCGGUGCUGUCGCUGUGCCCCCCAGACAGCGUGUACCCGGAACCGAGCAAUCUGAAUGCCAUCCGAGCUGAGCGGGAGUUGUGCGACAGCUGCAGCAGCCUCGACGGACCUUCUUCAUCUGGCCAGCUUUAUCAUCAAGUUCCCACAGGUCAAACUCAGCUCCAUAAAUGCCCCCACUGCAGCCCCUACAAUGCUCUCAAGUCAAACAUGUGCUGCGAGUCAAACAGCACCAGCGGCCCUGACGCCGAGCCGGGUGCCGUGGGCCACAGCUGUAGUUUGACUCACGAGACACCUCGCCAGCACGGUCUGUCGAGGUGUCGCUGGCUGCACGGCUCCUGUGAAGGUGGCGCGCAAAAAGCCACGCAGCGGCACGUGGUGACAGGACGGAGGCCUCGACUGCUUUGUGAGAAAGUAAGAACACUUUUUUUAAAGAGUUUUUCCCAGAUGCUUGUAGACUACCCUUUAGAGGUUCUACUGGGAUGUGCUCUGCUGCUCCUUGCAUGUUCGCUGGCUGGCCUCUUCAUUGGACCGCUGCCGGAUUUCUCAGAGCCUCUGCUGGGCUUCGAGCCACGAGGGACAAACAUCGGAGUUCGCCAGUCCAGUUUGUCAAAACUGCAAGAAAACACUGGCCCGGGAAAACCAUUGUCGCUUUUGCCACAGCAGCUCAGUAAAAGCAGUGGAAGGGGACUACACAACAACUCUGGACUUCGAUUUAAGAGGAUGCUAGCCAGAGGCUUGACCUCGGAGUCAUUCCUCUGUGACGCUCCCGGCCAGCGUUUGGCGCAGCUGGUGUUCCGCUCAGAAAGCUCAGCCAGUCUGUGGAGCCUGAAAGCCAUCCACGCCAUGUGCGAGAUGGAACAAUCCAGGAUACGCUCCCAGGCUCUGUUCCAGGACGUGUGCCAGCAGCAUGUGAGAGGCGAGGCCAAGUCGGCAUCCAGAAGCGGCUGCUGUCCCAGCUGGUCUCUGGGAAAUUACUUGGCCGCCCUCACUAAUGCCUCCAGUUGCGCCGGCCUAACCUCACAACAGGUCUCGGAGGCACUUAACCUUCUCCGAAAGUGUGCACCUUACUACCAUGAUGGACAUUUAGUGGAGAGCUGUUUCCAGAGACCCAAAUACGGCAGCUGCACAAUUGUCCCGUCACGAUGCAAACAGUCCCGCAUCGUGUUCCAAAUCUUACACUUCCUGGUUGAUAAAGAUUUCCUUAGCCCGCAGACGGCCGAGUACCAGAUCCCGACUCUCAAGUACAGUCUUCUGUUUCUACCGGUGGAUAAGGGAGAACGCAUGAUGGAGAUCUACAUGAGGAGUCUGAAGGGAAGAGAUCUGACGUAUAAUAAUACGACAAUCACUGGAAUGGACCUCGGGAUCAAGCAGAUGCUAUUCAAGUAUUAUCUAGCAAGAGACUCAGUGUUCCCCGUCCUUGCAAUCAUUUCUCUUCUUAUCACAAUGGCUCUCUAUCUUCAUUCUCUUUUCAUGGUGGCAUUAUCUGUGUUAGCAAUCAGCGGGUCCCUCCUCACUUCCUAUUUCCUUUAUAAAGUAGCAUUUCGCCUUACUUUCUUCCCGCUGGUUAACCUCUCAGCAGCGCUUAUUCUAGUAGGAACUUGCUCCAAUCAAGUUUUUAUCUUUGCAGACUACUGGAAUAUGCAGCUGUCCCAGAAGCCCACAGCAUCCCUGGAGAAAAGAGUACACAGGGUUUUGCAGGAAAUGGGUUAUUUGAUUUUAGCUUCAGGGUUGACCUCGAGCGCGGCGUUUUGCUCCGGUUAUCUGAGCAGCAUCACGGCUAUCAGAUGUUUCGCCGUUUAUCUCGGAACUGCCUCGUUUAUCGGUUCCCUCUUGGCGCUCGUGUGGCUGCCCUGCGCUUUCAUCUUGCGUGAGCGUUACACGGAAGCGUCCGCUGCGCCGCGGGGAUGGAAGCCCUGCUGUGCUAAAAACUCCAGCGGCUUCUGGGAGGAGAGCUCACGCAAGAGGUGCCUUUUUACAUUCGGUCAGAAGCUGAGAGAACUCAAACGAGGUCUUGCCAACACGUCAAAUUUAGUGUUCCUCAAAAUCCUGCCUUGUGCGGUGGUGAAGUUCCGGUACAUCUGGGUGUGCUGGUUCGCGGUGCUGGCCGCAGGCGGCACGUACAUGUCCUGCUUCGAUCCCGGGAUGAAGCUGCCUGCUCUAGAGAGUGGCAUCACUCAGCUUUUCCGCUCCAGUCACCCGUUUGAGAGAUACGAUGCCGAAUAUCGUCACAUGUUCAUGUUUGAGAGAGAGCUGAACGGAGAAGACAGGCCGGUGACGCUGACACUCGUUUGGGGCGUCAAACCGACGGAUAACGGAAAUCACUUCAACCCAAAAAGCAACGGCUCGUUGGUUCUCGAUCCUGACUUUACGAUGAGUCAACCCAGUGCUCAAGUCUGGUUGAGGGACUUGUGCGGACAUGUGCAAAACCAAAGUUUUUACUCUUCUCCGCCUGAAGACAAAGAUACAACAUUAGAUAUCUGUAUUAUUCGGCGGCUAUUACAGUGGAUCUCUCUCAGAAGGUGCUCUGAGAGCAAUGACGAACUCGGUAUUUGUUGCAAUAACGUCACUUUUCCCUUCCAUCCUCGUGUUUUCGAGAACUGCCUGAGCACGAUGUUGGCAGAGAGGUCCUCCGAGGGACAUUCGCCACACGGCGGGGGCGUGUACUUCCAACCAGAUGGCCGGAUCGCUGCUCUCGUGCUGGCGUUCAAAACCACGUAUCGCUACAGCUUCAACUUCAGCCAAACAAAUGUUUUCUACAGAGAAACCCUGGCGUGGUUCAACAAAGAAAUAUCAGGAGCUCCGCCAGGUUUGCGAAACGGCUGGUUCAUCAGUCAGCUGUCUCUUUACGACUUACAACAAUCUUUGAGCUCAGAGAUGUUGAUAAUCGCCGGGUCUUCCGUGUCGCUUACGUUUGUUUCGCUGCUUUUAACCACAUGGAAUAUUCCGUUAAGUAUGUACGGAACUGUGGCGGUAGGAGGUAGCCUAUUCGUCACUGUCGGACUUCUCGUUCUGCUGGAGUGGCAGCUGAGUGGCAUCGAGGCUCUCUUCAUCUCAUCUGCAGCCGGGUUAUCUGUUGAUUUUGUAGCCAACUAUUGUAUUUCUUACUGUUUAGCACCUCACUCUGACAAAAUAGGGAAAGUAGCGCAUUCCACCAAGAGGAUGGGAUGCCCUGUAGCAAUAGUUUCUGGUGCAUUUUUCUGCACCGGGAUCAUCAUGCUGCCUUCGACGGUCUUGCUGUUCAGGAAAUUGGGCAUUUUCUUAUUUUUGGUCAAAUGCGUAGCGUGCGGGUUUGCCACCUUCUUUUUCCAGUCACUGUGCUGCUUUUUUGGUCCUCGGAAAAACUGCGGGAGGUUUCCCCUUCCGUGUUUGUCAGACCCGUCGGACGGCGUGCUGUCAUCUUGCUCAGGAGGAGAACCGGGCUUGUCCUCUACUAACGGGGCAGGAGCGAAGAAGUCUUAUGACAAAAAUGCAGGUGGUUACCUUUACCCAAACCAACAAAAACAGAAGGGAACAGGAGGUUCGGUCAGGGGGACGGAGCAGUACGAGCUGCAGCCUUUGGCCUGUCGACUGAGUGACAGUUUUGAAAACAGCACCUGUACUAGUAAGCUGUCCAAUAGGCCGUCUGUGCUGUCUGAUGAGAUCGAGUACUGCGGGAGGGACACGUUCUCGGACGGUGAAAGUGGAGAGAUGUGCAGUCGCCAAGCGCCUCACGCGCUACAGACCUCGUCUCCGUACAAAGAGAACCCGACGCGAUCUGACAUGGUCAUUGGCAAGAGGCUGUGUAAAACCUGCCAGGAUCGUUCAAAUACCCUGCAGCAGUGGACCGAUAAAACAUUUUCAACAUCCUCCAGUAUGGAUGAAAUUAUAACAAACACAGAUGAGGCCACAGGCCAGCCAUGUUUGUGCACAGAGGCGCAAACCAAAGAGGAACGACUUCUUCGGCCAUCCUCGCAGUCUGUGAGCUCCUGCGAGUUUCUAGAUGACUCUAACGAAACGUGUUUGAGCGACAUUGAACCCGGGCCUUCCAGUGGGCAGCAAAGCGACACUGACACUCAGUUGCAGCCCGGGCACCUGAACGGUAAAAGAGACACUCUGCGUCUCUCGCUCAGAGAGACUGUUUAUGAUGUGUGCGGUAAAGGUCAUAGCAGCCAGACUGAGGAAAUGGUCAUUUUACCAAACAGUAAGCCAGAUCUACCAGAUGUUUGGAUCAAGAGAGCUGGACAAGGAGAUGAUAUUCUUUAAUUGACAGUCUACUAACAAAUACAUGAAUCUUAACUCCUUUGCUGCCGUUGACAGUGAUAUCUGUCAAAUCCAUUUGAACUGGGAGGGCUGGCAGUGAACGAUCAUAUUUCGGUUCACUGACGGCCAUCGAUGUCCUGAGAUCCGCGUAUUGUGACUUUUUACAAGUGACGGUACUUGAUCACACUACAGUUGAUCAUACAUUUAAUUUACUAGUACAUUGACGGCAAUAGACGUCAAGUCCAUUCCAGGAUGUCUUUUGCCAUCUUGGCUCUGUUUUUAGGAAACAUGGUGUUUUAUUUCAUUUGUAUGCCGAUGACUGUCAGAUCUAUUUUCCAAUGGCGCAAAAUCACACUUUCUCUCAACUUACUGAAUGCCUCAACGAUAUAAAGUCGUGGCUCUCAUGUAAUUUUUUAAGUUUGAAUGACAGCAAGUCUGAAGUCAUGGUGUUCAAACCAAGUAGCCAGGCCUCCCUGAACGUUGACCUCGGUUCUCUGUCUCCGUUUCUUAAGAAUUAUGUCAAAAAUCUAGGGGUCCAAUUUGAUUCUGAUUUUAAAUUUGAGAAGCAGAUUUCUUGUGUUGUACGGGACUGUUUUUAUCAGCUUUGCCAGAUUGCUAAGGUGAAAUCUAUUGUUUCGCGCUCUGAUAUGGAAAAAUUGAUUCAUGCUUUUGUCAUAACUCGGCUGGAUUACGGUAAUUCUUUGUAUGCAGGUGUCGGUCAGGCGGCACUGGCCCGUCUGCAACUUGUACAAAACUCUGCUGCUCGACUCCUAACCAGAACCCGCAGGCGCGAACAUAUCACCCCGAUUUUAGCAUCUCUUCACUGGCUCUCGGUACAUUACCGAAUACAUUUUAAGAUAUUAUUAUUUGUUUUUAAAUGUUUGCAUAAUCUUGCGCCGCCAUAUCUGUCAGAACUGCUUCAGCCUUACAGUCCAACCAGAACCCUCAGAUCAGCUGACCACCUGCUUCUAGUAGUCCCAAGAUCAAGGCUGAAGCUUAGGGGUGACCGGGCAUUUGCGGUGAUGGCGCCCAGGCUGUGGAACCAAUUACCACUUACUAUUAGACAGGCCCCCUCACUUACGGAUUUUAAAUCACG